AGCCGGAGUGGUAUCGUCCAGAACCAAUCCCGAAGCGAGGAAACUAAGUCAAAUGUCAUGCAGCACCCUGCCCAACUACUCCAUUCCAAUCUAGUCUCCUGAAAGGUCCAAUACUUCAACAACUCAUCUAACAUGUGCUAGCCCUUGCAGUGACCAUGGGAAUAGUCCCAUAUAUGCAUUAAUAGGCAAAUGCCAUCAGAAACCACCAGCACCAACUCCUCCUCCGGCAUCGCCAGCAAUCGCUCCCAUAAAACCCCCAUGAUGACCACUCCUUCGUCCACCGGGGUUAUGAAACACGAAGGAACGCUCCUGUCUCUUAUUUCUGGCACGGGCCUCUUUGCUGGCGGCGUUCAUUUCGUUGAUUUCGUCUGUGCGAGUUUGGUCUCUUUGACGGAAAUAUGCACUGCUGCCAGACACUGGGUACUCGUUGCGAUAGUUCUUGUAAUAACGUGGAGGUGGCUCAACAGGAUCUUGGAGACUGGUGGAGAAUGCCAUACACAUCGUUGAAGGUUCAUGCGAAAUACAGAACUCUUUGUUUGUACUCAAUGAUAGAGGCUAUUGCCUGAAUGAUGCGACGGAGAUGAAAGUGAUUGAUGAGGCUUUGUGUGUUAUUGAGAGCCUGCAAUCGAUGAAUGUGUGUUUUCG